AUGAGUUGCCUACCUAGGAACAAUGUAGAACGAAAAGUUUCGAAUUUUAUUUUUCCUUUUCACGUUCUGCUCCACGUGUUACGAAGUUGGUUUCUCCGUUUGGCACUUCUCUUCAGCGUGCUACAUGGGGUAACCUUCUGUAACAGUGGCCGUGGGGUGGACGCGUCGCGGGGCCCCCCUGGCGUGUCCCCCAUUUUCAGUGUCAUCAGCAGCGAUGUGAAACUGGGCAACCAAGUAGACUACGUCAGGAGGGCGCACCACCACAAGGGGGUGGAACUCUACGAGCAAGUUAGAAACAAAUGCAAGGUGUACUUUUUGCCGCUCGUCUGGCCGUGCGGCGAGAAUGUGACUCAACAAGGGAGAGAGACGGAGGGAGUCACUAACAAAAGCGAUGGAAGCACCGCUGAGGGGGGUACUGCGCGCACAGUGCAUGGGGACAACGAAAGCCCCUACGAAUACCUGCAGAGAAACCUAGGAGACACGAAACACAAAAUGGAAAGCCUCGCGACGCACAUCGCACAGUCGGACGUCGUUAUAGUCCCCAUGAACUACCAUGACAUUUUAAAUAAACAUCUGUUAGACAUUGCCCAGUUCAGCAACUUCCUCAAUGCGAUGGACUUCCUACUCCAUGUGAACCAGACCAAGGGUAACCACAACGUUAUUUUUUACAUAUACAAUUUUCAUGAGGAUGAUGAUGCGUCGGGAGGUAGGUCAAGCCACAACAGCUACGUUGCAAAGGAAAGGGCAUCCAUUGUCAAUAUAGUAAAGUCGUUUCUUCGAAGCCACUGGAAGGAACAGUACCACAAGUGUGUGAAUGAAAAAUUCGUUUUUGCUAGAGAGAACAGCAUCAAUGUGGAUAAAUGGCUCGAACAAAUUGGCAAGAAGAAGGUCUACUACCAAGUGAAGGUCCCCAUGCAGAAUAACCCUCCAACUAGGGAUCACAAAAGCUACUCCCUCUUUUCGAACUACCGUCCUGACGCAUUGAAGAACCUGACUAGCCAAAAUUAUUUUGUCUAUAAUUUUUUUUCCAAUUUGAAAUUUUCCAUUUUGCAUGAAUAUUUAAAAUUGGCUAGCCAACUCAAAAUGGACAAUUUUGAUCCAUUACCAGAUGCGGGAAAAAUGAAAACAAAAAUGAACCAAGUGGCGAAAGAAAUAGAUAUGUUGCUGAACAAAUUUUUGCAUUUCCAAUUAAAUAAAAAUAUUAUUAAGAAUGAAGACAUGAUUGAACAGAUUAAAAAGAAGCAACACUCUUACCUCGUCCACAUCAUCACAACAGACUUGCUAGAAAAAUAUGAACAGUUUUUGGAAACCCUCAUUCGACAAUUGUACCAAUUGUAUAGACAGAGAAUAAAAAAAAUAAAAAUAACUUCAAAUAUGAUUAAUGAGUUUGCAAAAGAAAUUAAAAAAAUGGAUAAUCUAUUCCACCUGUACAACUCGUCCUUGUCCUUUAUUCAUUACUUCAAAAACAAAGGGGACCACUUGCAGGAAAGGGCUAACUCUAUUGCCCUUCACAUGGAAGCAAAACUUCUUCAAACAAUGAAUGAAAUCACUACGGAAAUUAUCAACUAUUAUAUAUCACAGGGGGUGUACGUUCGUAACUACGACUUCACUUCUUCCUUUCUUUCACUGAGGACGUACUCCUUCUUUUCCUACAUUCUCCAAACACUCGCUGACAUGCUCAGGAACAGAAUAAGCCUCAGCUUUAACUACCUGUCCCCGAGCGCCUUCGGCUUCUCCUCCUACAAGGACGACCUCUCUCUGUCCCCCAAACGGGACCUCAUGAUCACGACGAGUGAAAUGGACCAGGUGGAAAAAAUAAACAUCCCCACGAGUACCUACUCGAAGAUUCUCUUGUCAAUGGACACGAAUAAGAGGUAA